AUGGCCGAGGUACCGUUGAUGGACGACUUUGCAGCGACACUUGACACAACGCGCGAGGCCCUGGGUAUGGACAUCGGCACGACUCUGUUCGAAGCUGGUUUUACCUCUAUGCAUGUGUUGAAGCUCAAAUUCCGCCUGGAUAAGAGACUGUGCACCAGCAUGCCCGUCAUAGAGAUCAUGAAACACCCCACCCCGCGUGGGCUCACGGCCAUGUUCGGCGGCAGAAAACAGUCCAGUACUCCUCCCUCUACGCUCAAUGAAGGAAACCAACUAAAUCCGGACGACCCCGUUCUCAUCCACGCUGGCGUGGGCGAGAUCCACCUCUUCAUCAGUCUGGCGCAGCACAUCGCCGCGAACGACCGGCCCGUCUACGCCAUACGGCCGCCCGGGUUCAAGCCGGGCCAUGUCCCCUCCGGUAACAUCGCGGAGGACAUGGACACGUACGUGACCACGACCCGGGCACGCCAGCCCCGCGGUCCCUACGCGUUUGCGGGGUACAGCUACGGCGCGAUGCUGGCGUUCGAGACGGCCAAGCGCCUAGACGGUACAGCCGAUGUUGGCAAAGGCCAGACGGUGCGCUUCCUCGGAUCCUUCAACUUACCGCCGCAUAUCAAGACCCUCAUGCGCUGGCUGUGCUGGAACAGUUGUCUAGUACACCUUGCGAAUUUCGUGGGGCUCGCGACGGAGGACUUUCUAGAGAAGAAGGACGCCAGUGGUUUAUACCGCCAGCUACCGAAAGCCGAAGCAUUGGAAUGCAUAAUGAACGCCGCGGACAAGGCCCGGUUGAGAGCAUCGGCUUUGGUCCGGACUCAGCAUGGCGACGGAGUAUGA